UACAGUACACACACUCCUUUCUCUCUCUCACACACACACACUUCCCAGCCUUAUCUCUCUCCCUCUCUUUAUACAAUCUGACUCAUAGCAUGACCUUGCAAUAGUUGAGGUUUGAUUUGUGGUGUUAUGGAUCCCUCCUCAACCAGCCAGGAGAGCUAGUCUUAAGGAACACCUUGUAAACUAGUCUUGUCUGGAGUACAGUACAGCACCCCUGUCUGUUGUUGUCACAGUGCCAGAGGGAGAGCUAGGAGGCUCCUCUUCGCCCCCGUCCGUCUGCCCCCUCCCUGGAGCAUGCAGGAAGGGUGGACAGAGCAGAGCUGAGCUGAGGGAGAGCCUGGAGCCUGGCCCUGCCUAGAGGAGUGGAGGGACUUAGGGAGUGGGAGACCCAGAGGAGCUACACCUGACCAGGCAAACGGAGUAGAGCGACCUGCACACCCAGCAGUAUGGGGGCAUCUUAUUCAAAGAAGAAGACGUAUAAUGUCGACCAACAGCAGCAGCAGUGUGUGAAAAAUGGAAAGCACCGGAAUGGCAGAGCGUCAGCCUAUGCGGACCUGCAGUGGGAGCAGCAGCCCAGGCAGGAUGGGAGCCACCUACCUCAGGACUACCCUCACAGAGACCAGCCCCCUGUGGCUGGCUAUGUCCCCCAGCCAGACUACAUCGAGGGAGAUGAUGAUCUCAUCAAGCCCAAAAAGCUCCUUAAUCCAGUGAAAGCCUCCAAAAGCCACCAGGAGCUCCACCGAGAGCUGCUUAUGAGCCAGAAACGGGGUGGCGGUGUUGGUGUGGAGUCUAAGCCGGAGCUGCAGCGUGUCUUGGAGGCCAGGAAGAGGGAACAGAUCAUCAAGCAGAGGAAGGAGGAAGAUGAGGCCAGAAAGAAGAUAUCCCCUCUGGAACAAGAGCUCCUCAAGAGGAAGGAGAAGCUAGAAGAGCUGGAGAAGGAGCAGGAAAAACAAGAGGAGACAGUGAGAGCCCCAGAGUUUGUCAAGGUCAAGGAGAACUUGAGACGGACGUCCUUUCACAAUAAUGGAGAGAAAGAGGUGUAGGGACAAACCGGUCCAAGUAUACCGUUGAGUUGUAAUCUUCUGGAGUUUGUACACUUGUGUGUAUUAUGCGCGUUGAGUGGACACAGAACUGCUGUGUUGUGUUGCUCUGACUGCACAACUCAAGACAACAGCAAGGAACUUCUACCUACAAGGACUGGUCGGCAAGCCAUGACACAAUGCCUUCACUAACCCACUCAGAGCAGAGACACAGUGGGAGAGACAGAGAGAGACACAGAGAAGGAAGGUUGACUCUGCAAUGGGCUACUGUUACAGGGAUAGGUCAAACUGUAUCUGUGAUAUCUUAAUGCAGAGUAACUGAUAUGAGAGUGAGUGUGAGGUUCAAAAUGGACAACCUGGACUCGAGGGUAAAUGUAACAUAGCAAACAGUAUGAUAUGUUACGUUUCGUAUGGUAUGUAUUAAUCUGUGAUUGUCCAUCAUCCAUUUCGUAUGAUAUAUUACGAAUGACAAUUCCUAUGAUAUGUUACCAAUUGCAAUUUGUUGUCGCUAACGUUAGCUAGGUGGCAUGCGUUAGCUAGGCUAAGCGUUAGGGGUUAAGGUUAUGGUUAAGGUUAAGCUUAGGAGUUAGGUUAA